CACUUUGUCUGUCACAAGACUCACAAAUACAAUACCUCCUUUUCUUUUGCUCUCCCUGGCUUCCAUUCUCUCCUUGUCAAUCCAGAAGAGAGAGAGAUGAGUAGCAAUACUAUCUCCAUGACCUUCUCUUUUGUAUAAUGAACAAUGGACUAAAACCCUUCUUCUUCUCAAAAGAAGAUGGCAAUGCGACAAAAUGAUUGUGAACGAGAACAGCAACAACAGAGCUCUUCAUUAUUGUUAGAUGCUCUUUAUUGUGAAGAGGAGAGAUGGGAAGAAGAAGAUGAUGAGACUAGUUCAAUACAAACCCUGAGCAACAGGAAUCCUUGUUUGUUUUCUCUUCCAUUGCUAGAGCAAGAUAUGUUUUGGGAAGAUGAGGAGCUUCUGUCCCUCUUCUCCAAAGAACAAGAACAACAAAAACAAAACAAUGUGAUAACGGAUCCUUCUCUGUUUCUGGCUCGUCAAGAGGCUGUUGAGUGGAUUGUUAAGGUCAAUGCGCGUUAUGGGUUUUCAGUUCUCACAGCAGUGUUGGCUAUAGACUAUCUUGAUAGGUUCCUCUGUAACCCUUGUUUUCAGAAGGAGAAGCCAUGGAUGGUGCAGCUUGUGUCCGUCACUUGUCUCUCUUUGGCUGCUAAAGUUGAGGAGACUGAAGUCCCCCUUCUUCUAGACUUCCAAGGGGUGGAAACUAAGUAUGUGUUUGAGCCUAAAACGAUUCAAAGAAUGGAGCUUUUGGUGCUCUCUACACUCAAAUGGAAGAUGCACCCAGUAACCCCACUUUCAUUUGUGGAUCACAUCAUGAGGAGGCUUGGAUUGAAGAACCAUGUCCAAUGGGAGUUCCACAGGCGAUGUGAGAGUCUUCUUCUCUCUGUAGUCUCUGAUUCGAGAUUCAUGGGUUUUGUUCCUUCAGUCAUGGCCACUGCAACAAUGAUGCACAUAAUUGACCAAGUUGAGCCCUUUAACCCAAUUGAGUACAAAAAUCAACUUCUGGGUGUUCUUGAUUCAACAAACAAGGAGAAGGUGAACGAGUGUUAUGGACUGAUUGUUGAGCAGACCAAGAUCCAGCACACCAAGUCCAAGAAGCGCAAGUUGUUAAGUGAGCCAAUAAGCCCAAGUGGCGUGAUUGACGGUGCUUUUAGCAGUGAAUGUGAAAGCUCAAACGACUCAUGGUCUGUGGGUUCAUCAUCAGUAUCAGUAUCAGUAUCAGAGCCACCUCCAUUGAAGAAGAGCAAAACCCAAGAUCAGAAGAUGGGUUUGUUUUCACUCAAUAGGGUGUUUGUGGAGAUUGUUGGCAGCCCACGCCCAGGCUAAUGAAGAGUCUCGCCAAUCUUCAUCUAUGCUAUUUAAUUUUGUUUAAUUAAUUAUCAUGUGAAGUAGCCUUCCAUCUCCAUCAUAUCCCAAUAAUUUUCCAGGAGGAGAGGGUAGUGAGAUUGGUUGAGAUGGGGUGGCAAUUUUCAAAAAGAAGGAAGCAGACACCAGUCAGAGAUGUACAAUGUCUCUGGUUCUUGGUUUUGUCUUUUGUCCUCCUUAUUAUAAUAUUAUAUGAACAUCAACAGACUAUUCAGAAUAACUUCACGGACUAUUAUUGA